AUGCAGAGAGGCAAUAACGGACUUGUACUAGUAACCGGUGGUUCCGGUUUCAUCGGAAGUCAUACAGUUGUGGAACUUGUUGAUAAUGGUUAUUCAGUUAUUGUUCUAGAUAACUUAAGUAAUUCAAAUAUUAAAUGUAUAGAACGUAUUGAAAAAAUAAUCAAUAAAAAAUUACUCUUUUAUGAAGUGAACUUAUUGGAUAAAAAUGCUGUCAAUGAUAUAUUUGAAAAACAUAAAAUUGAUUAUGUUAUACAUUUUGCUGCUUUAAAAUCUGUAUCAGAAUCAACUCAAAAACCUUUACAAUAUUACAACAAUAAUGUAGUGGGCAUACUAAAUUUAUUACAGGUGAUGGUUGCACAUAAUGUUAAAAAUUUUGUCUUAUCCAGUUCUGCUACUGUUUAUGGUGAACCACAGUCUUUACCAUUAACUGAAAAGCAUCCUGUUGGAAAUUGUCAAAAUUCAUAUGGUAAUACAAAGCUUUGCUGUGAAUUAAUCUUAAAGGUAAAAUAA